AUGAAGGCCCUCCAUCUCAUCCAAUCCCUCGUGUUGGCCUUGCUCCCAUGCCGCGCCACGGCCUUCGUCUUCAACACAUUUGACGGCGAGGGCUCGCCCGCGUGCUACAACGUCACCGAGGUGCACAACGCCACCAGCGUCGAGGAGAUACAGGCUCUCGUGCGCGAUGCCAAGGGGAGGGGGCUGCAGGUCCGCGCCGGGGCCAAGGGCCACCACUGGUAUGACACGCAGUGCUCGGACGACGAAACGGUCAUCGUCCGCACCGAGUUCGUGAACAAUAUCUGGGACUUUGACCUCGACGCCGGGUCGGUGAUGAUCGAGGCGGGGGUGACGUUCUUCCAACUCGCUGAGUAUCUCCAUGAGCGAGGCGCAAACAUCGGUACCGGUCUCGUCAAUUGGAAUAUCAGCAUCGGGGGAUGCGUGGCGAUGGGAGCUCACCGCACCUCGUUGAGAGAAGAUGCAGUAGUCGUCGGAGGUGUCCAGGAGCUGGACAUUAUCGAUGGGUCGGGAGAGAUUCGACACAUUGUGAAGGACGAGUCCAACGAUGAGUGGCUGGCAGCAUCCACAUCCCUGGGACUGCUAGGCAUCAUUGCUCGCCUCAAGCUCUCCAUCUAUCCUGAGACCAAGAUCAAGGCGAUGCAGGAGACACUGGAAGAGGACGAGGUCUUGAAUGGCGACAUUGCCGGCCUGAUCUCCCCAUGGGAGACCGCAAAUCUCUGGUGGUGGCCAUACAAGAAGAAGUUCCACUGGCGCUACUACGAGACCGUCCCCGAAUCCGAGUCCGACCAGGAGGGCUUCCAGUCCACCUUCUCCGUGACGGACGCCGAGGCGGCCGUGGCCCAGUUCCUCCUCGACAGCGGCAAGUACGCGCCCACGUCCAACUGGCUCAUGGAGGAGAUCUUCUUCGGGCAGUGGUCCACCCCCAACUUCCACGACAAGACCACCGACGCCGCCAUCACCGAGUGGCCCGUCUACGGCUGGAACUACGACGUCCUCAUCGGAGGGCUGUACCCGAACCAGCACCCCGUGUGGGAGCGCGGGCUCAAGGGGUACACCCUCGAGCUGGCCUUCCCCGUGACGCGGGCGGGCGAGAUGCUGCGGCGGGUGAGGGAGCUGUUCGACGCGGAGGCGAGGAAACUCAAGAUCAUGAGCUCGACGUACCGGAGCGGGAUCAACAUCAAGUUCGCCAAGGCGCACAAGGACUUCCUGGGCCAGGUCACGACGGGGACGGUGGACGGGGAGGACUGGAGCCAAGGGACCAUCAUGUUUGACUUCCCCACGUAUCGGCCGACCGUUGGCGACCAGAAGCGGUACAACGAGGAGUUCUAUAUCAAUCUGGCUAAUACCCUGGUGGACGAGUUCCCCUGCCGGCCACACUGGACGAAGAACACCCGCGAUGUGUUGACAAGAGCAGUGAAGAACCUAGACCCCGAUUACCUCUCACGCUUCAACGCCGUGCGCAAGGACUUUGAUCCGGAUGGACUCUACCGCAGCGUAGUGGGUGAAAUACUUGGUUUCUAUGAUUAA